CGUAGAAAACGAAAAUCUGGAUGUAAUGUUAUUGCAUUCCACGUUCCUACCAAUUUUGAACCAGCAAAGAAAGCAAACCAAACCUUACGAAUUCAACAAGAAUUCGAAGACACAAUUGAUUUUACUAUACCAGAAUUUACUACACCAGAAUUUACUAGACCGGAAUUUACUACACCAGAAUUUACUACACCGGAAUUUACUACACCGGAAUUGUCAUCGAAUAUAUCUACAUCUACAUCAUCGCCAAUAUUUGAACAACUUUUUCAGGUUGAAGGAGGAUAUCCUACUAGCCAAUCUUAUAGAAAUUUCUUACCUUUACGAGAUUCACAACUCGUACCAGUCGAACAAAACAAUCAAAAUAAGAAAAAUAACCAAAAUAACAACAAUAACCAAAGUAAACAAAACAACCAAAGCAAACAAAAUAACCAAAGUAGCCAAG